UGACCAGGCGUGGUGGAUCACAAGGUCAGGAGAUCGAGACCAUCCUGGCUAACACAGUGAAACCCCAUCUCUACUAAAAAUACAAAAAAUUAGCCAGGCGCGGUGGCAGGUGCCUGUAGUCCCAGCUACUCAGGAGGCUGAGGCAGGAGAAUGGCAUGAACCUGGGAGGCAGAGCUUGCAGUGAGCUGAGACUGUGCCACUGCACUCCAGCUUGGGUGACAGAGUGAGACUCCAUCUCAAAAAAAAAAAAAAAAAAAAGACCUGAUCUCUUAAAAAAAAAAAGCAGAAAAGAUAAGACAUGAAAAUUAAAAAACACACACAUCUAACUACUUCAAACUGUUGUUUCUUGAGCCUUGUGGUUUUAUGCAUAGUAUUUGUUUAUUUGUUUUUUAAGAUGGGGUGUCUCACUGUGAUACCCAGGCUGCAGUGCAGUGGUACGAUCAUAGCUCACUGCAGCCUCAACUUCCCAGGCUUAGACAGUCCUCCCACCUCAGCCUCCUGAGUACCUGGGACCAAAGGCAUGCACCACCACACCUGGCUAAUUUUUAAAAUUAUUUGUACAGACGGGGUCUCCCUAUGUUGCCUGGUCUCGAAAUCCUGGGCUUAAGCAAUCCUCCCACCUUGGCCUCCCUGAGUGUUGGGAUUAUUGCGAUUAUAGGCGUGAGCCACCACACCCAGCCAUGUUUCUUUUUUUAAUUCUUUUUUUUUUUUCAAGGCAGAGUCUUGCUCUGUCACCCAGGCUGGAGUGCAGUGGUCUGAUCUCGGCUCACUGUAACCUCUGGCUCCUGGGUUCCAGCGAUUCUCCUGCCUCAGCCUCUUGAAUAGCUGGGAUUAUAGUCACGUGCCACCACAGCCAGCAGAUUUUUGUAUUUGUAGUAGAGACGAGGUUUCACCAUGUUGGCCAGGCUGGUCUCAAACUCCUGACCUUGUAAUCUGCCCGCUUCAGCCUCCCAAAGUGCUGGGACUACAGUCAUGAGCCACCGUGUCUGGCCUUAACUCCUAUUUUUUUAGAGGCUAGGUCUUGCUUUGUCACCCAGGCUGGAGUGCAAUGGCACCAUGAUAGUUCAUUGCAGCCUUCAACUCCUGGGUUCAAAGGAUCCUCCCACCUCCUCUUCCCAAACAAGUGACCCUCCCACCUCAUCAUCCCAAAGUGCUGAGAUUACAGGCAUGCAUGGCCUCAUUUUAACCUUUUUUUUUUUUUUGAGACAGGGUCUUGCUAUGUUGCCCAGACUGGUCUUGAACUCUGGCCUCAAGUGAUCCUCCUGCCUUGGCCUCCCAAAGCGCUAGAAUUACAGGCAUGAGCCACUGGAACAAACCCAUUUUAACCAUUUUUAAGUGUACAAGUCAAUGAUAUUAAGUACAUUACAUUCUUGUACAACUAUCACCAUUAUCCAUUUCCAGAACUUUUGGAGUCUCGCUCUGUCCCCCAGGCUGGAGUGCAGUGGCGCGAUCUCGGCUCACUGCAACCUCCGCCUCCCAGGUUCAAGUGAUUUUCCUGCCUCAGCCUCCCAAGUAGCUGGGACUACAGGCAUGCACCACCACACCCAGCUAAUUUUUCUAUUUUUAGUAGAGAUGGGAUUUCACUGUGUUGGCCAAGCUGGUCUUGAACUCCUGACCCCAAGUGAUCUGCCUGACUCAGCCUCCCAAAGUGCUGGGAUUAUAGGCGUGAGCCACCACGUCUGGCCCAGAACUUCUACAUCAUUCCACAAUGAAACUCUUUACCCAUUAAACUAUUGGGGGAACUCGCCCCAAAUAUUUCAAUGUAGGUUCUUUCUAUUUUCUGUAAGAGUUGGCCAGCUAAGAAAUAAAGAGAGACAGUACAAAGAGAGGAAUUUUAUACCUGGGCCGCCAGGGGUGACAUCACAUAUCGGUAGGACCGUGAUGCCCACCUGAGUCUCAGACCAGCAAGUUUUUAUUAAGGGUUUCAAAAGGGGAGGGGGUGUAAGAACAGGAAGUAGGUACAAAGAUCACAUGCUUCAAAAGGCAAAAGCAGAACCACUAAUAAGGGUCUAACAAAGAUCACAUGCUUCUGAGGGAACAGGACAAAGGGCAAAAGCAGAACCACUGAUAAGGGCCUAACAAAAUCACAGGCAAAGGGCAAAAGCAGAACCACUGAUAAGGGUCCAACAAAGGUCACAAGGCAAAGGGCAAAAGCAGAACCACUGAUAAGGGUCUGUGUUCAGUGGUGCAUGUAUUGUCUUGAUAAACAUCUUAAACAACAGAAAACAGGGUUGGAGAGCAGAGAACCAGUCUGACCACAAAUUUACCAGGGUGGAGUUUUCCCAACCCUAGUAAGCCUGAGGGUUCUGCAGGAGACCAGGGCAUAUCUCAGUCCUUAUCUCAACAGCACAAGACAGACAUUCCCAGAGCAGCCAUUUAUAGACCACUCCCCAGGAACACAUUCCUUUCCCAGGGUAUUAAUAUUAAUAUUCCUUGCUAGGAAAAGAAUUUAGCAAUAUCUCUCCUACUUGCAUGUCUGUUUAUAGGCUCUCUGCAAGAAGAAAACUAUGGCUCUUUUUGCCCAACCCCACAGGCUGUCAGACCUUAUGGUUGUCUUCCCUUGUUCCAUAAAAAUCACUGUUAUUCUAUUCUUUUUCAAGGUGCACUGAUUUCAUAUUGUUCAAACACACGUUUUACAAUCAAUUUGUACAGUUAACACAAUUAUCACAGUGGUCCUGACGCGAUGUACGUCCUCAGCUUACGAGGAUACCAGGAUUAAGACAUUAAAGACAGGCAUAAGAAAUUAUAAAAGUAUUAUUUGGGAACUGAUAAAUGUCCAUAUUAAGAUGAAAUCUUCACAAUUUAUGUUCCUCGGCUGCAGCUCCAGCCGGUCCCUCCAUUCGGGUCCCUGACUUCCCACAACAUUAAACAAUAACUCCUUAUUCCCCCCUGCCAGCAGCCCCUGGAAACCACUUUUCCAUUUCCUGUCUAUGAAUUUGACUACUUUAGGUACCUCAUAAAGUGUAAUUAUACAGUAUUUGUCCUUUCGUGUCUGGCUUAUUUUGCUUAGCAUAUUGUCUUCAAGGUUCAUCCAUAUACUUACAGCAUAUCAUAAUUUCACUCUCCUCAGAAAUUUUGCUCUGUCACCCAGGCUCUGGAGUGCAGUGGCAAGAUCAUGGUUCACUGCAGUCUCAACUCCCAGGUGCAAGCAAUCCUCCCAUCUCAGUCUCCCCAGUAGCUGGGACUACAAGCACGUGCCAUCUCAUCUGGAUACUUUUUAAGUUUUUUGUAGAGAUGGGGGUCUCACUUUGUUGCCCAGGCUGGUGUUGAACUUGUAGAUUCAAGCAAUCUUCCUACCUCGGCCUCCCAAAGUGCUGGGAUCAUAGGCAUGAGCCACCUCAUCCAGCCAUUUCAUUCCUUUUUUUUGAGACAGAGUUUCACUCUUGUUGCCCCGGCUGGAGUGGAGUGGCACAAUCUUGGCUCACUACAACCUCCUGGGUUCAAGUGAUUCUCUUGCCUCAGCCUCCCGAGUAGCUGGGACUACAGGUGUGCACCACCACGCCUGGCUAAUUUUUGUAUUUUUAGUAGAGACGGGGUUUCACUGUGUUGGCCAAGCUGGUCUCGAACUCCUGACCUCGAGUAAUCCAUCCACCUAAGCCUCCCAAAGUGCUGGGAUUAUAGGCGUGAGCCACCGCAGCUGGCCCAUUUCAUCAUUUCAUUCCUUUUUUUUUUUUUUUUUUGAGACGAAGUCUCGCUCUGUCGCCCAGGCUGGACCACAAUGGCAUGAUCUCGGCUCACUGCAACAUCUGCCUCCUGGGUUCAAGAGAUUCUCCUGCCUCAGCCUCCGGAGUAGCUGGGAUUACAGGCGCCUGCCACCAUGCCCAACUAAUUUUUGUAUAUUUAGUAGAGAUGGGGUUUCACCAUGUUGACCAGGCUGGUCUUGAACUUUUGACUUCAGGUGAUCCACCCUCCUCGGCCUCCCAAAGUGCUGGCAUUACAGGCGUGAGCCACCAUGCCUGGCCCAUUUCAUUCCUUUUUAAGGCUGAAUAACAUUCUGUUGUAUGUAUCUUCCACAUUUUGUUUAUCCAUUCAUUCACUGAUGGACAUUUGGGUUGUUUCCACCGUUUGGCUAUUGUGAGUAUGCUGCUAUGAACACGGGUGUACAAAUAUCUGUUAAAGACCCUGCUUUCAAUUCUUUUGGAUAUAUACCCAGAAGUAGAAUUGCUGGAUCACAUAGUAAUUCUAUAUUUAAUUUUUUGAGGAACCUUCAACAGAGUUUUGAUAUAUUUUAUUAGAGACAGGGUCUCCCUCUGUCACUGAGGCUGGGGUGCAGUAGUGCCAUCAUAGCUCACUGCAGCCUCAAACUCCUGGGCUGAAAGGAUCCUCCUGCCUUAGCAGGGUUAUAAUAUUUAAUUUUUUUAGUCUUUUCUUUUCUUUUUCUUUCUUUCUUUUUUUUUUUUCUGAGAUGGAGUAUUGCUCUGUUGCCCAGGCUGGAGAGCAGUGGCCCAAUCUCGGCUCACUGCAAGCUCCGCCUCCCAGGUUCACACCAUUCUUCUGCCUCAGCCUCCCCAGUAACUGGCACUACAGGUGCCCGUCAACACGCCCAGCUAAUUUUUUUGUAUUUUUAGUAGAGAUGGGGUCUCACCGUGUUACCCAGGAUGAUUUCGAUCUCCUGACCUCGUGAUCUGCCCGCCUUGGCUUCCCAAAGUGCUGGGAUUAUGGGUGUGAGCCAGAGCGCCUGGCCUAGUCCUUAUUUUUCAUACCAGAAAACGUACCCUCUCGCUCUUUUAUGGGGGUCCAACCGUCUGAGUGCAGCUUGAGCCCAAGUGCUAAAGUCCAUAUUCAGGUUGGUCAGCAGCAGCAGUCUUGCCUGGAACCAAGAGAUGGACCACCUGAAUGAAUAGCAUGACCUGGGUCAACGAGACAGAGCCUUAGGCCCGGAAAUCUUUCCUGCUGUCAGGAUAAAUUAGUUUGUUUCACAACAGGACUCCUGAAGAUCAGAAUUUCCAUAUCUGUAAGACUUCUAUGACUUAAAGAAUUUCUGUACGCGUGAAAUUAUACUACUAGAAAUACAAGACUGACUGCACUUCACUCUGGUCGCCCAGGCUGGAGUGCAAUGGCCUGAUCUUGACUCACUGCAACCUCUGCUUCCUGGGUCCAAGCGAUUCUCCUGCCUCAGCCUCCCGAGUAGCUGGGAUUACAGGCAUGCGCCACCAGGCCCAGCUGAUUUUCUUUUUAAAUUUUCUAUUUUUAGUAGAGAUGGGGUUUCACCAUGUUGGUCAGGCUGGUCUCUAACUCCUGACCUCGGGUGAUCCGCCCACUUCAGCCUCCCAAAGUGCUGGGAUUACAGGCUUGAGCCAUGGCGCCUGGCUGAGGUAUAUUUUUCAAAAAAUGACCAAGAAGCUGGGGUGCAGCGGCUCACAGUUGUAAAUCCCAGCACUUUGGAAGGCCAAGGCGGGUGCAUCACUUGAGGUCGGGAGUUUGAGAACAGCCUGUCCAACAUGGUGAAUCCCCAUCUCUACUAAAACUACAACAAUUAGUGGGGCAUGGUGGUGUGGCCUGUAAUGGGAGGCUGGGACCGGAGAAUUGCUUGAACCUGGGAUGCAGAGGUUGCAGUGAGCCGAGAUCACACCACUGCACUCCAGCCUCGGCGACAGAGUGAGACUCUGUCUCAAAAAAAAAAAAGAAAAAGUCCAAAAAUUCCAUGAAAUCACCAUUCAAUGAAUAAUCAAUAAAUAAGAUGCAAUUUCUCAAAGCUCAGUUUACAAAGAAGGAAAUUUAAUAAAUAGUUGAAGAUACCCCCGACUGAACCCACAAGUUCUCUGACUAGACUCAUGGAAUUCUAAAGAGCUGGUUGCUUGGAGACUGAUAGAAACAGCUUUGGAACCUAAGAAACCAAGGAAGGCUUAAGAUGCAGAACCUUGCUUCUCUCUGAGGACUGCCUUGUAGGAGGCCAUUUGGAAAGUAAUUUUGAAACACUGCUCCUUUGCCAGUAUCUGAAAGGUGCUGGAUGGUGUCAGCUGGAAGAUGAGAGGCAACCUGAGGUAGCUGAAAAAACUUUGGAUUAGGUGUCAAAAGGGUAGGACACAAGAUGGUGCCAUCUAUGAGGAACAGGCCCUCACCAGACACCAGAUCUGCUGGUGCCUUGAUCUUGGAUUUCCUAGCCUCCAAAACUGUGCCAGGUCUUAUCUCCAGGCCUUGCCUCUAGGCCAGGCAGUGUGGAAGGAAGCAUUCGCUGGGACGCAGUAUGACCAGGACCCAGAAGGGAAAGACCUUUCUCCCCCAUUGCUUCUAUCAGUCACUGCCCCCACAGCUGGGAUGGGGCAUGAUUUUAAACUACUCAAAACUGAAAGGCAAGGAGGAGUGUGCCUCUGUCUCCAGUGUGCCUACGGUCUUGUUCAGCUCACAGUACUGUCUACACCGCAAGAGCCAAUAUUUGAAAAUGGCUGCUGCAAACCUUACCUUUUCUCAGGAGGUGGUGUGGCAGCGAGGACUGCCCAGCAUUCCUUAUAGCCAGUACAACUUUGACCACCUCUACAAUACCAAUGACAUCAUCCAUACUCCCCGGAUCAGGAAGGCCCGGCCUCAGAAACCUGUUAGCUUCAAGUUCCUGGGUUCCUCAAGUCCCUUAACAGGAGACACCUCCCUGGCUGUGAAGACAGAAAGCUCUGCCAAUCCUGAAAAGAAGCUGAAGAAAUCAAAGCCAGCCAGCACCGUCCGGGAAGCACCCCGCCCUCUCAUCCAUCAUCCCUGCAUGCAUCCAGAUAUGCUGGGUUGGCCACCUUCUCCAGAUGUGAACCUGGAGGAAAAAGAAGCCUGGCUUCUGCCUCCUGAGGAGGAGGCCAGAGCGUGGGAGGCCACUGUGCUGGAAAAGCUGAACAAGCGCACAGCCCGAUGGAUCCAGAACAAGCGUCCUCAAAGGCCUGGGGCAUCCCCCAACAAGUGGCAGAGCUUCCUGCACCAGCAGUACGACUGGAGUCACAUCCGGGAUGAGCUUACCUCUGCCAGUGACCUGGAGCUCCUGAAACAGCUGGAGGCAGAAGAGACAGCAGAGUUUGAGGAUCAAAGUGUCAUCCUGCCCCCACAGGAAAGGAAGAAGCCAGAACUGCUGCUUCCUGUUUACUACAGAUUGCCCAGUUACUUCCAACAAGCAGAGACAAUUGAAAUCAUGCCUGGCAAUAAGACCAUUGAGGACAUCCAUGAAAAGAUGAGCCUCUCCCAGCCCCAAACCCAGAGCUACUUUCGCCAGGUGACUCCCCGAGCUGGAAAGUUUGCCUACUCCACAGACAACACCUUUGAACAGGAGAUUUACUUUGAUGAAGUCCAGAUCAUCCACCAGAUUGGUGCGAAGAGAGACCAGAUUGUCUUGGAAAACCUAAAUCGGUACAACAAGCAGCUAUCUAAGGUCUUCCCUGAAACGCCAGAAAAGUGGAGUGCCCAGGCAAUUCCUGAAGCAUCUUGCAGACCCGUGCAAGGAGCCCUGCGCUGGACUGCUUUGCCCACCCCCGCCAAGGAUAUGCUGCUGCAGGUGGGUGAGAAGGAUGUGCCUAUUAAGACCAGGAGAUUGAAGAAGCAGGCAAAAUCACUGCGGGAGGAUGUGACCUGGGAACUGGUGGCCCUGCGGAGGAUGAUGAAGGAAUGGAAGACUGCCUGGGCUCUGAUCAUAGAGUGGCACCAUGAGACAGUAGAGAACCUGCUUCGGAGCUUGGGAGACCUGCAUGAUGAUGUUCGGAUCAAAGCUAUCACCACAUGUGCCACAGCUGCUUUGGAACGGCCCCGGCUUGCCACCAGCCAGAGAGACUCAGACAAGACUAUCCAGGACUUGCCGGAGGUUCUACUGCCUGCCCUAGAGGCUGCUCUUUGUGACAAGAAUGCCCAUGUGCGGAUGGCAGCAGCAAUAUGCCAAUAUGCCAUACAGUCACAUAAUCCCCUUGCCCGGAACAUCAUGCAGACUGCCCUUCUGAAGGGUAACAGUGUGGAUAGCUGGGCUGCAGCUCAGUGCUUGGCUCUGGAAGGUACUGCCACUUACCCUGUGAUUAAGAGGAUCCUCCACCAGCUGUUUACAAAGAAGAAUGAGGACACUGAGGAACAGUCUUAUAUCCUCCUGAGCCAUCUGAGUGAGAAGACAACCCUGAUAUAUACCAUGCUUGCUGUGGAGCUGAACAGCUGUCAAUGGAAGAACCGGAUUGUGGCCUGCCAGGCUUUCUCCCGGAUCAGUGGAAAUGUCUGCUUGGAUAUGAAACAUAAGUUGAUCCAGCUGAUGUGGAAUGACUGGAAUAAGGAAGUGAGGCGAGCAGCUGCGCAGGCGCUGGGGCAAAUGAGCCUCGGGAAAGAGGUGCACGACAUAAUCAGGGUCAAGCUGGGUCAAGGAAAUUCCCAGGAGCGUGUGGAAGCUCUCUCCCUGAUAGGUGAGCUCAAGCUUAUGACCGCCAAGCUUCUCCCAAGCUUCCUGCACUGCUUCUCUGAUGACUUCACAGCAGUUCGGCAGGCAGCCUGUUUAGCAGCUGGUGCCCUGCAGAUCCGCGACAAGAUGGUGCUUGAAUGCCUCCUGAACCUGAUGCAGAGAGAUCCUUACUGGAAAAUCAAGGCCUUUGCCAUUCGAGCUUUGGGACAGAUUGGGCAAGUAAGUCCCGAGCUGACGGAUCUUCUGCUCUGGGCUAUCCACUAUGAAGAGUCACCAGGUGUACGGCUGGAAGCUUGCCGUAGCAUCCUAGCCCUGAAACUUCAAGGGGACCGGGUCAGGGACACCUUCCUAGAUGUGCUGCUCCUGGAGAACCACGAUGCUGUUCUAAAGGAAAUGUACCAGACAAUGAAGAUACUCAACUUAGGAAAUGAAGGAAACCAAGAAAUGCUUCAGGAGAUCAAGAACAGGAUUAAAACACUAAGCCAAAAGGACUUGCUGACACACAAAAUACUCAAGCUGGAGAUGGUCAUGGGAAAAGUGAAGGAGGAAGCAAAACGUGUUUACUUGAAACCCAAAAGAGAACAAGAACCACUAACACUCCAAACUUUACUCCAAGAAACUUUUCAGGAUGAGAUGGUUCUUCCUAGAAGACCUUCCGAGGUUUGUGACACUGAAGCAGUCAUAAAGCCUGUGAAGCCCCGCGCACCAAAUCCCUGGUUACAAAGUUCAGUCCCAGGCCUAACCACACAAAGCAAAGUUCGUUCAUCACUUGUCAAAGAUCUACGCACCUCCCGUGAGAAAAGGAUUGCUAUGGGACCAUUUAGAUCCAACUACCCAGCUCUUUAUCUGGGUAAAUUCUCAGAGAGAACAUUUUUUUCUCCCAUCAUGUCUUCUUGCUCUGGAAGGAAAGGUGCUCAUCUCUAAGCUGAACACUUGUCUUACUUCAAGAUGCAGGAAGCAGUGGACCUGGUCACGUUGGGUCUUUUUAAUUGAUACUGUACAAUCUUGUUGUCACUAUGUUUAUAAAAAAAAAUUAUUUAACAGUA